ACCGUUCAGAAAUAUGGAAUGGUGUUAGCUUACCGAAUAUCGUCUGUAUCUUUUUAAAUUUAUAACAAAGUGACAGAAUUAUUGAAUUUGUUUGUUAAUGAUCAAUAUCAUUAUCCCGUUUCCAUCAACCGCUGCAGCUGAUGCAGCGGUUCCGUUGUCAAACGAAGAUGAUUGUUUACGAACGUUAAAUUGUUUUGGAGUUCAUGUCAAUGUCAUCAUGUCAUUGUUUGUUAUUCGGUGCCCGGCUAUCGCGAAAGUUUGUUUGAUAAAAAAUCGAAAGAAUUUGUUUUUAAGUGCUGCUUUGUUUAAUAAGUUAUCUUUUAUUAGGCUCAAUACCCAUAUUUCGAAUAAUAAUAUGGUGCGUGAAGGAGUACUGCCCCCGGCAGAGUCCGGAGAAUUUAUUGCUAAAAAUGCACAACAUGUUAAGAUUCACGAAGCAGGACUUGAGAAACUUUGUGAAGAGAUGUUACCAUCAAUAACGAAUAAGCUGGAGAUCCCCGACACGGGUGCAGACAUUAUCCACCCUGACAAGGACCAUGACAAGGCCGCAGACUGGGUGUUUGUGGCCGAUGCACUCAACUUCUGCUUCUGGUCAUAUUCUGGUGCUCAGAAGUGGACUGUUGAUGGCCAUUCUGGGUAUUAUGCUCUUGAAGCUGCACUUGCUAGAGCUAUAAAGAAUGGAAUCGACAUAACAAACCCCAAAUACUACUCGAAGAUAACCGAAGAUGAAUUGCGUUCAAUCAUGAAAGGUGACAACGAAGCCACCAUACCUCUGUUUGAACAGAGAGUGUCUGUGCUUCACGAAGUAGGAUCUAUUCUAUUAGAGAAGUACAACGGUACCUUUGAGACAUGCUUAAAAGAAGCGAAUAAGUCUGCUGUCAAGCUACUAGAGAUUAUUGUGAAGAAUUUCCCAUGUUUCCGAGAUGAAGCUACGUUUAAAGGACAGAAAGUAGCCUUAUACAAGAGGGCUCAGAUCCUAGUAGCAGAUUUGUGGAACUUCUUCGGCGGUACAGGGUGGGGAGAGUUCAAAGACAUUGACAAGAUGACAAUGUUUGCGGAUUACAGAGUGCCACAGGUGCUUGUUUAUUUCGGUGCACUCAGUUACACUGAUGAAUUGAUGGAGAAGUUGAAAAAAGAUAUUCUUCUUCCAAGCGGUUCAGAAGAAGAAGUAGAAAUCCGAGGCUGCUCCAUCCACGCAGUAGAACUUCUCAAGAAGAGAAUAGAAGAGAAGUUAGCGGGUCGCAGUGUCGAGGUACCCAACUCCAGUCUGAUAGACUAUUACUUAUGGUGCUACAGGAGGAAGUAUGCUGAUGCCAUGGAAACCAUACCCUUCCAUAAGACCCUGGGCAUUUACUACUGAUGGUAAUACUAUGUAUUAGUAUAUAGAUAUAAGUAUAUGACUUGAAUUGAAAAUAAUGGUGCUGGUUAUCCAAAUGUAUUUUAAUAGUAUUUAAGCUAAGGUUUCUUUAUAUGUACUAGUCUUUUUAAUUUUCCUAAUUGUAUAAAUAAGAUUAGGUGUUAAGACAAAAAUAGGCGAGACUUGCCCCACGUUGGGCGUCAAUAUACAACUAUUAUCGAUUUUUUUAAAUUAAUUAAUAUGAAUGAAUGAUUUAUUACUUAAAAAUAACGAUACAUUUUACAUUAUACAGCCAUGAGGCUAAAAUAACAAAAUAAAUAAAUAAAUGGUCCAGUACAAAUUACUCGUUUGUUUAAUUCUCUUGAAAUAUGACAAAUACUAUGACUAUUAUCGCAUUAUUUGAUAUUGAGUUAUAAAAUGUAUUGAUAUUAUAUUAUAUGUGUUAUAUCAGAUAGGACAUUCAUUUUAUCAAUAUAACAACCGCUCUUUUUCUAAUAAUUGAUAAAGUACAACCUAAUAAUCUUUAUUUUCGCCAUUCAUAUCACUGGUUGUGAAAUUUCAUUAUCAAUUGUCCCACAGUUUGUUAGUAUGAGGCUCACAAACAUACAUUCUCGCAUAUUCUAGUAAGUUGAGGUACUCUAUCUUUGCAUUGAUCUUCAGCUUCAAUCACUACUUACCAUUUUGUGGAUAUUGUCACUAAACUUGCUGGAGUUACCUUACUUACCCCUUUUACCUAAAUUCUUUUGUUUAGUAUACGUUAGUCUACGUAUGUUUACGUUUCUCUAGGUAUAACAAUGUAAUAAAAUUCGUAAAUAAAAAUAAAACAAAAUAAUAUUAU